AUGGCGACUCCGAAACCCCAACGAACUCCACAAGAAGUGGAAGACAUCAUCAUCCGAAAAAUCUUCCACGUCACCAUCACCGGAGAAUCCACCACCACUACCGCAACUACCGAUUCGAGAAUCGUUUAUCUUGAACUAACCGCCGCCGAGAUUCUCAGCGAAGGCAAAGACCUUCUCCUCUCUCGCGAGGUUAUGGAGAGAGUCCUAAUCGAUCGUCUCUCCGGCGAUUUCUCUGUUUCCGGUGCUGAAGCUUCCACGUUUCAGUAUCUUGUUGGUUGUUACAACCGCGCACAUGAUGAAGCAAAGAAAAUCGUUAACAUGAAGGAUAAAAAUGUUAGGUCAGAGAUGGAGAAUGUUGUGAAGCAAGCUAAGAAACUAUGUGUUUCAUAUUGCAGGAUCCAUCUCGCGAAUCCUGAGCUUUUUGCGAAUAAGAAUUCGAAUUCUGACACUAGGACAUCUCCGUUGUUGCCGUUGAUUAUAUCGGAGUGUGGCGGGGGAGGUGGAAUGGGGGUUUUUGGUGGUGGAAGUGGUGGAGGAGGAGUGAGGAGUCCUCCAGGGUUUUUGGAUGAGUUUUUUAGGGAUCCUGAUUUUGAAAGUUUGGAUAGGAUUUUGAAAGGGUUGUACGAAGAAUUGAGAGGGAGUGUAAUGAAAGUUUCUGUUCUUGGAAAUUUUCAAGACUCUCUUAGGGCUUUGUUGUUUUUGGUUAGGUUACCUGUUGGUGCAAAGUCUCUUGUCAGUCAUGAGUGGUGGAUUCCCAAAGGUGUUUAUAUGAAUGGUCGGGCUAUUGAAAUGACUAGCAUUUUGGGGCCCUUUUUUCAUAUCAGUGCUAUUCCUGAUCAAACCUUCUUCAAGAGCCAGCCUGAUAUUGGGCAGCAGUGCUUUUCUGAUGCGUCAACUCGGCGACCAUCUGACUUAUUAUCUUCAUAUACCACCAUCAAAACUGUCAUGAAUACCCUAUAUGAUGGUCUAUCUGAAGUGCUCCGCAACCUCCUUAGAAGUACAGAUACGCGUGAAAAUGUACUUGAGUAUCUUGCAGAAGUGAUCAAUUUAAAUGCAUCUAGGGCUCAUAUACAGGUUGACCCAAUUACGUGUGCAAGUUCAGGCAUGUUUGUAAAUCUGAGUGCUGUCAUGCUUCGCCUCUGUGAACCAUUUUUAGAUGCAAAUUUAACAAAAAGGGAUAAAAUUGAUGCUAAAUAUGUUCACCACUCAAACCGGUUGAAGCUAAGUGGGUUGACUGCCCUUCAUGCGUCAUCAGAAGAAGUUGCUGAGUGGCUUACUAGUAAAAACCCAGCAAAGGCAGGGGAAAAUAAUCAAUAUAAUGAUGGUGAGAAACGUCUGCAACAAUCUCAAGAGGCCAGUAGUUCUGGUAGCAAUAAUGCUAGUGAUCUUUCAAAUGAAAACUCUGCGCGCGCAAAAUAUUCAUUUAUAUGUGAAUGCUUCUUUAUGACUGCCAGAGUGCUCAACUUGGGCCUUUUAAAAGCAUUUUCCGACUUCAAACACUUAGUUCAGGAUAUUUCUAGAAGCGAAGAUACUCUAUCUACACUUAAAAACAUGCAGGGGCAGUCAUCCUCUCCUCAAUUGGAAUUAGAUAUAACUCGACUUGAGAAAGAGCUGGAGUUGUAUUCGCAGGAAAAACUUUGUUAUGAAGCUCAGAUAUUGAGGGAUAACACACUUAUUCAGAAUGCACUUUCAUUCUACCGCUUGAUGAUCGUCUGGUUGGUUGGCUUGGUUGGUGGAUUUAAGAUGCCUUUACCAUCAACAUGCCCAAUGGAAUUUUCUGCCAUGCCUGAACAUUUUGUAGAAGAUGCCAUGGAACUUCUAAUAUUUGCUUCCCGGAUUCCAAGGGCCUUGGAUGGAGUAGUGCUGGAUGAGUUUAUGAACUUCAUAAUUAUGUUCAUGGGCAGCCCUGAUUUUAUCAAAAACCCAUAUCUGAGAGCCAAGAUGGUUGAAGUUCUGAACAGCUGGAUGCCUCGUAGGAGUGGCUCAUCUGCUACAGCUACUCUAUUUGAAGGGCACCAACUGUCUCUUGAGUAUCUUGUGAGGAAUCUUCUGAAACUUUAUGUUGACAUUGAGUUCACCGGUUCUCACACGCAGUUCUACGACAAGUUUAACAUCCGUCAUAAUAUUGCCGAACUUCUUGAAUACUUGUGGAAUGUCCCUAGUCAUCGUAAUGCUUGGAGACAGAUUGCUAAAGAGGAGGAAAAGGGUGUCUAUCUCAAUUUCUUAAACUUUCUGAUUAAUGAUAGUAUUUAUCUUCUUGACGAAAGUCUGAACAAAAUUCUUGAGCUAAAAGAGUUGGAGGCUGAAAUGUCAAAUACUGUCGAAUGGGAGCGGCGGCCAGUUCAAGAGAGGCAGGAAAGAACCCGGUUAUUCCACUCUCAAGAAAAUAUUAUUCGGAUAGAUAUGAAGUUGGCAAAUGAAGAUGUCAGUAUGCUUGCAUUUACUUCAGAGCAGAUUACUGCUCCGUUCCUGCUUCCUGAGAUGGUUGAUAGAGUGGCCAGUAUGCUCAAUUACUUUCUGCUGCAAUUGGUGGGUCCCCAAAGAAAAUCACUUAGUCUGAAAGAUCCUGAAAAAUAUGAAUUUCGUCCAAAGCAUUUGCUAAAACAGAUUGUGCAUGUAUAUGUUCAUCUGGCUAGAGGUGACACAAAUUCCAUCUUCCCAUCUGCUAUCUCAAAGGAUGGCCGAUCAUACAAUGAUCAGUUGUUCAGCUCUGCUGCAGACGUCCUUCGGAGGAUUGGCGAGGAUGGAAGAAUUAUACAGGAAUUUAUUCAGCUUGGUGCUAAAGCCAAAAUUGCUGCUUCAGAGGCCAUGGAUGCCGAAGCUACUCUUGGAGAAAUACCAGAUGAAUUCCUGGAUCCAAUCCAAUACACUUUGAUGAAAGAUCCGGUUAUCUUGCCUUCUUCAAGGAUCACAGUUGAUCGUCCUGUCAUCCAGAGGCAUCUUCUCAGCGAUAGUAGUGACCCAUUCAACCGUUCUCAUCUUACCGCCGAUAUGCUGAUUCCUGAUGUUGAACUCAAAGCAAGAAUUGAAGAGUUUAUCAGGUCCCAAGAAAUGAAGAAACACGGUGGUGAAGGCCUAAGCAUAACCAAAGCCACCAUUCAAACCACAGAUAGUGCGGAAAUGUUAAUUGAUUAG